AUGUGGACGGACGUCGAGGCCGAAUACAAGGCCUGUUCCGCGGUGAUGGCUGACGAGGAUCCAGAAAUCCAAGCGGACAUCCGGGAAACAUAUGGCGAAUGCUAUGGGCGCUAUUUGACGCUCGAAGCUAUUGAGAGCGACCCUUCCACUUCCCGAGUGGCUACGAAUCCGCCACCCUCCCAAGGCGGCCAGAAUCCAUCCACUUCUUGCAACCGAUCCAAUCCAUUCCGGUCGCACGGCAGUUCGGUGCCGAACAAGGUUCUUUCUUUCAAGAACCAAGCAUCACACGCUUCUGCAUCGUUCCGCGCCUCGUCCAACGCCGCGUCCAACAUGGCGGCUUCGACAUCCGCCCAAACCCCCAGCUCGUCCAAUUCUCAGCCCAACGUAAAGAGCUAUUUCUCUUCCAGCACAAGCUCCGAAGCGACGUUCAUCACUGAACGCCUCUUUAACAUCAUUAAGCCACCGUUCGAAGCUAUCCAGGCUCAAGUCGCGGGUUUAAACCAAACCGUAGCGGCUAAGGCGCAAAAGCGUUGCCACUUCAUGAUCGGGGCCGCCUCCAGGCCGGGCCUCAAGAUCGAGACCACGGCAUAUGUUCUGCCUCAAUUAGCAGGCAACCUUCCUUCAUAUCCGAUACCGCAGCACUUCUUGGAUAACCUUCCAAACCUCCAAUUGGCAGACCCUUCCUUCCACCGAAGCUCGCAGAUUGAUGUGCUUCUAGGCGCUGACAUCCUUCCUUCUAUCCUGUUGAGCGGCUUCCAGUCUGCCAUUUGUGGCUCGCUGCUGGGACAAGAGACCAUCUUCGGAUGGGUCCUAUCCGGUCCGGUAUCAGCUGACUCGGCUCGGACGGUUUCCGCCUUCACCACGAAGCUCUCGUUUAAUUCGGAUUUCCGACUCGAGAAGCUUCUCACCAAAUUCUGGGAGGUGGAGGACCUUCCGGGGAGACCGACGAGCGAGUCCGAUUCAGUGUGCGAGGAAAACUUCCUCCAGACCACUAAACGAACCCCCGAUGGGAGAUACGUUGUUACUCUCCCUUUCAAGUGUCCAGAAAAAGUCGAGCUAGGCCACUCCAGAAGCGCGGCCCAGGCCCAGUUCCUUAGAAAAGAGCAGCGGCUGCAGCGGAACUUGCCGCUCAAGAAGCAGUACGACUCCGUCAUUCAGGAAUAUUUAGAGCUCGGCCACAUGACAGCGGUUACACCUAGUCAUGAUUCCGGCCAUUUCUACCUGCCACAUCACGCCGUGCUUAAACCCGACAGCACCACAACCAAAUUGCGCGUAGUCUUCAACGCCUCCAGCCCGUCUUCCAACGGGAAAAGCCUCAACGACACGUUGCAUGCUGGGCCAGUCCUUCAGUCUGACUUGACCAUGCAAAUCCUGAGGUGGCGCGUCUUUCGCUACGUUUUCAAUGCCGACAUCAACAAGAUGUAUCGGCAAAUCCAAGUGGCUUCCCAACACACGCCCUAUCAGCGAAUACUGUUUCGCGACCGUAACGGGGACGUGUGUGACUACGAGCUCACCACUGUCACUUUCGGAGUCAACUGCGCACCGUACCUCGCCCUCCGCGUCCUCAAGCAACUCGCACAAGAGGUGCGUCCACAGCUGCCGAUGGCAAGCGUCAUCCUGGAGAGCGACAUGUACGUGGACGACGUGCUCGCUGGUGCUCACUCUCAGUCUCAGGCAAUUUCCGCCAUUGCUGAACUACUUAGCAUCGCUAAGACGUUGGGAAUCCGAUGGCAAGCCAGUGCCGACGAGUUCUUCUUUUCGCCUCCCGCCUUAAACGAGCGAAAAUCCUGCACGAAGCGCAAUGUACUGUCCCAGAUCGCGCAGCUCUUUGAUCCAGCGGGAUGGCUUGCCCCCUUCGUCGUCCAAGCGAAAAUAUUUAUGCAGGAGAUUUGGUUGAGAGAGUUAGGAUGGGAUGACGUCCUUCCUAACGAUCUGUCUCAAGCCUGGGAGACAUUCCUGAAAAGCUUUCCGGCCAUCCAAGGGAUCCGCAUUCCGCGGUGGUUACACGUCUGUCCGAUGGCCAAGGUACAGAUUCAUGGGUUCUGCGACGCGUCUCAACGUGCCUAUGGGGCAGCGAUUUACGUCCGAGUUGAGCGUCCGCAGGGCAUUGUGUGUACCCUUGUCACAGCCAAAACCCGCGUUGCCCCCGUGAAAACAGUCUCGUUGCCUCGACUCGAGCUGUGCGGAGCUGUCCUUCUGACAGAACUCUCCGUGGCCAUCCUUCCUCAAAUGCCGCUCGACGCCAGCCAGGUGUACUUUUGGACCGAUUUCACUAUUGUGUUGGCCUGGUUGAACAGGCCGGCAUGUGAUUGGACCACUUUUGUAGGGAAUCGAGUCGCCAGAAUCACUCGCUGUUGGCCCCGCGAACGAUGGAGCCACGUCCGAUCCGAGGACAACCCGGCCGACCUCGCCAGUCGAGGGCUCGGACCCACUGAACUGGUCGGCAAUGACAUGUGGUGGCAUGGCCCUGCGUGGCUGCGUGGUCCGCAGUCGGAGUGGCCUUGUCCACGAGGCUCAAUCCUUGAGACCGACUUGGAGAAACGAGCCGUCAAGGUUCACCACGCCACUGACACCGCCUCGGACAUUCUCAGCCGAUUUUCCGAAUUCGGACGCGCUCUGCGCGUGAUCGCCUACGUUCGGCGGUUCGGCUAG